AUGCAAUCCAUCCGCCAAUAUCGCCGCCUGCGGCAGCAGGUGCAGGAGGACCUAGUUUACUCUCGACAGGCGAGGUUGCCCUCCGACAGCGAUGACAAAAGUUCUGGGGUAAAUAUGACAGAGAAGCCCGAUGUAUUUGACCCAAACCUUGUGCCAGGGGUCUCCGUGUCUCACACUGAUGAGGGCGGCCUCGUCUACGUGGUGGGCUGGAAAGAAAACGAUCCAAGUAACCCGCAGGUCUGGAGUUUGCCCCGGAAAUGGGUAGCGAUGGUGACGUGCUGCUGCAUCGGCAUUUCCUUGACCAUUCCAACCUCCGUCGAAGGCCCUACGCAAGAUGCCUUUAAUGCGCAUUUCGAUGUCAAUCCUAUGGCGGGAUCAAUGUCGACUGGUAACACCCACUCUCCCUCUAGUGAGUCGAAUUGA